UUGUGUAAGGUAGAAAGUACUCGACCUUCCACUGAAAAGAGGAGGAGUCAAAUAUCCUGAAAGGGUUGGGACCUGCCUGCAGUCCCUCGGGAACUUCCUGUUGUCACCACACCUCUGGUGUAGUUAUCUGAGCUCCCUCUGAGCAAAGCCCUCAGUGGAAACUCCAAGGCUCUGCAAAGGAAAUUAUUCUUGUGAAUGUGACACACACUCUCUCCAGUUUCCAUAUGCUGAGAUUAUCCUUCUUCUUCAGUUUGAUCUGCUUGGUGAAAACAGACACAGAUGAAACAUGUCCUUCAUUCACCAAACUGAGCUUUCACAGUGCAGUGGUCGGUACAGGACUAAAUGUGAAGUUGAUGCUCUACACCAGAAAAAAUCUGACCUGUGCACAAGUCAUCAACUCCACAAUUUUGGGGAACUUGAAUGUGACCAAGAAAACCACCUUUAUUGUCCAUGGAUUCCGACCUACAGGCUCCCCUCCAGUUUGGAUGGAGGACUUGGUACAGAGUUUGCUCUCCGUAGAAGACAUGAAUGUGAUUGUUGUUGAUUGGAAUCGAGGAGCUACAACUGUGAUAUAUAACCACGCCUCUAGUAAGACCAGAAAAGUAGCAGAAGUCUUGAAGAAAUUUAUCGACCAGGUGUUGGUAGAAGGAGCUUCUCUUGACAACAUUUAUAUGAUUGGAGUAAGUCUAGGAGCCCACAUAUCCGGGUUUGUUGGAAAGAUGUACAAUGGGCAGCUGGGAAGAAUUACAGGUCUCGACCCUGCGGGCCCUUUAUUCAACGGGAGACCUCCCGAGGACAGAUUAGAUCCCGGUGAUGCACAGUUUGUUGACGUCAUCCACUCCGACAUUGAUGCACUGGGCUACAAGGAGCCAUUAGGAAACAUAGACUUCUACCCAAAUGGAGGAUUGGAUCAACCUGGUUGCCCCAAAACAAUAUUGGGAGGAUUGCAAUAUUUUAAGUGUGACCAUCAGAGGUCCGUGUACCUGUACCUUUCUUCUCUGAGAGAGAACUGUGCUAUCACUGCAUAUCCCUGUGACUCCUACCGGGACUAUAGGAAUGGCAAAUGUGUCAACUGUGGCAUGCCACAAAAGGAGUCCUGUCCCCUGCUGGGCUAUUAUGCUGAUAAUUGGAAAGAGUAUUUAAAGCAGAAAGAGCCUCCUAUGACUAAAGCGUUCUUUGACACAGCAGAGGAGAAACCAUUCUGCAUAUAUCAUUACUUUGUGGACAUUAUAACUUGGAACAAGAACAUAAGAAGAGGAUCCAUUACAAUCAGAUUGACAGACAGAGCUGGAAACACCACAGAAUCCAAAAUCAAUCAUGAACCUGCAACUUUUCAGAAAUACCACCAAGUGAGUCUGCUUGCAAGAUUUAAUCAAGACUUGGAUAAAGUUGCAGCCAUUUCCUUGGUGUUCUCUACAGGGUCUACAAUAGGCCCGAAGUAUAAGCUCAGGAUUCUCCGAAUGAAGUUGAGGUCGCUUGCCCAUCCAGAGAGGCCCCAGUUGUGUCGGUAUGAUCUUGUUCUGAUGGAAAACACCGAAACAGUCUUCCAACCUAUUCUGUGCCCAAAGUUGCAGAUGUAACAUGUCGGGACACAUGGGCACCAGUGACAUCAAGAAAGCUACAACUACAGGCUUUCUUAAAGCGUCACCUCACCUUUUCCUCAAGGCACAUGGACGUAUGAAUAAGCAGGGUUUUUUCCAGCAGCGUCCCAUGGAUGUCACAUUGCAAAAUGUCAAACGACCUUGGAUUAUGGAACAGUCCUGGGAAGGGAGCCCCUAAGUAGGGCAAGUCAGAAAUAGCCAGGCUCCCAACAGCCCAGUGCCUUGUCUGGCUGCGUCCUGGGGCCUCGUUUGUUCUGGCCUGUCAGUUCUGCUGCCAGUCACUCAGGCAGCUCUGCUCGUCAAGCAUCUUAAAGGGAAGGUCUAACAGGAGACCUCACUCUGGACUCGACCCCACAUGCCCUGUGCCAAACUCCUCCAGGUCCCUGCAUGCAGAAAGGAAUGGAGACUGACCUACCUCACAGGGCUGCUGUGUGGGUUCGGGAGGCAAGUCUGUGAAGGGUUCUUUGAAAUCCCAUGGGGGCCACAUCUGUGAGUGGUUUGAUAAAUGUGAAUAUGCUUUUAUUUAUUUUGCUUUGGCUUAGCUAAUAUGCAAUAAGAGAGCUCCUCCUUAUUGACAACAGCCUGUCUCUUGGGCUGUUUGCUCUGGGAAGGCAGGAAAGCCACACCCCAGCUUCCCAUCUCCUCUAAAGUGGGUUGGUGCUGGAGGAAGUGGGGACAGAGAGACAGCAAAGGGGGCAGCUGCUGGGACUAAGAUAGUAAGUGGAUAAGGGAAGAAGGGCAGAUGAAGACAGUGACAGCCUUGCUUACAGUGACAGUGGAUGGAGAGAUAGGAGAGAAACAAAUGGAGCUUGUUUUUCAGUUGAAGUGAAGAAGGGUCACUUUACAGGCCAAUUCUCAUUUUAAGCAAUCCUUAAGAAAUGUUUAUCUUUUGGGGCACCUGGGUGGAUCAGUUGGUUAAGCAGCCAACUCUUGAUCUCAGCUCAGGUCAUGAUCUCACGGUUCAUGACUUCGGGCCCUACGGUGGGCUCUGUACUGACAGGAUGGAACCUGCUUGGGAUUCUCUCCACCCCCCCCCACCCCCCCCCCACUCUGGCUCUCUCAAAAUAAACUAAAAAAAAAAAAAAAAAGAAAUGUUUAUUUUUCUUU